AUGAGUAUGCCACACGGUCGGCAGGAUACCACUGAGAUGCAUAAAAAAGAGUUGCUUAGUAGGUGUCCAUCUGAGUCCCUAAAUUUGGACUGGCUGACGCGGACAAGAAGCAAAACUAAGCCGCCAGAAGAUUAUGUUAGAGAGCAUUCUGUUGGAAUUUCCGAGGAACAAGAAGCAGCUUUGCAUAAAUCGACACCAUCACCAAGCACAGGCUUCGAAAAUGAUCACUAUGUGCAGGAUGCACAUACUACCGUAUUAGGGUCGAAUCGUGUGGUAAGAGAGAGGAGAAGGUCCAUUUCUAUUCAAGAUAAACAAAAUGACUGGCAGUACGAUAAAUUCAACCCUUACAACUCUGGGGUUUCAUUAAGGAGAACGAAAUCACUAUCCAUGAAUAGCAAAGGGCAUAUUGAAGAACCCAAGAAGGAGAAAAGGGGAUUUUUUCGGUCGUUGUUCGGUAAGAAGAAGAAGGAUUCUCAACCUGAAAAGGAGAGUGAGUCUGGUGGCAUAAGUUCGAAAGAAAGUUCGCGUCGCAACAGCGUUGUCGAUUCGAAUACGGCUACCAACUCAGUUACAAAUGUAAACUCUGUGAGGCCUGUUGCAUCUGCCUCUGUUUCAUCAAAGUCCGAAGGUGUACCCGUCAAAACAGCAUUGCCCGAGGAUGAAAAUUCGUUGAAGCGAUCUAAAACUGCACCAGUGAUGGGCGACGCCUUUGACAGUAGACUUGAAGCGUAUCUUGAGUAUUACAAGACGAGGGAAAUCCCCAAAUUAAAGGAGCAAGGUGAUGAAUCCACAGGAGCCAAAUUUCAAAGUCGCAUACCAAGAAGUCGGCCCAGCUUUUCCAUCGACGCAAAUAUGGAUAGUCCACCAAUGCCUGAAAAGAAAAUCGUCUUGGAUUUCAAAGGAAGGCCGAUUCCUCCACACCCGAAUAAACCAAAACUUCCUCCAGCAAUUAAGCACUGUAAAGAAGUUGAAGAUUCUGUGAAAUUGACUAAAACAAGGAGUAACUCAUCAUCAACUGCCAAUAAAUUUGGUGCAUUUUUGAGAAGAGUCACGUCACACACAGAAGAACAUUCUUCGCGCUCAUCGGUAUUGGACGCUGAUGACCAUAGCUCAGAUGAAGAAUCGUCCGAGGGUUCAAAAGAAACUCUCAAGUAUAGUCCUGCCAAAGAUAUUAUCCCUGGGUUGGAGGAUAUGAAACCUCUUAAAAGAGUUGCAUUCGCCACGAAUACCUAUUUUAAUGACCCCCCUCAACAGAUAUGUAGUAGAAAUCCCAGGAAAGGUGAAGUUGAGGUGAAACCUGAUGGCUCGGUUGUAAUUCACAGAUUAUCACCUGAGGAGAAGAGAGAGAUCUUGCAAAAUGCAAGCACUGGUAUUGUUGUUGGAGGGUCUGGGCAUUUGAAGUUACUUUCAAGUGAUGAUGAGAAUGAAACCGAUGCAAAACGAAAGGAAGAAAUGGCUCCCCCUAUUAAACCAAGUUCUACAAAGGAAGAUGCGGUCAUUGAAAAUGAUGAGGACAAAACAAGGCAGAGGCGCAAUAUCGGUGUGGCUGCUGCUGAGGCAGCAGCAGAAGCUCGUGCGAAGGAGGCACCAAAUGAAUUACAGAGAACAGUAACAAAUAACGAGGAAGAAGUCAUCGUGAGUAAAUCAGCCUCGAAGGUAACCAUUGAUAAGCCCAUGAUUACAAGAAGAUCCGCUAGCUCGCUGGCAUCGAUGAUGACAAACGAAAGUGAUGAUAUCAACGACAUCUACCCUCCUUCGAAGGUGAAAAUUCCACAUGAUGUCGUUUAUACGCGCUGCUGUCAUUUAAGAGAAAUUCUUCCUAUACCUGCGACGCUCAAACAAUUGAAAAAGGGUUCUAUUGAUCCAAUUCCUUUGUUACAACUCCGUAAUCCCAAACCAUCACUUGUUGAAGUUUUAUCGUUUAGUGACUUUCUCAGCAUAAGCCCUGUUUUAUGUCUAUCAUUAGAUGGUGUCCAUCUUAGUGCGCAUAUGUUCAGAACGAUAUUAAGUUCUUUAAUGUUUAAACAAAAAUUCGAAAAACUCUCGUUGAGGAAUACUCCUCUAGAUGCAGACGGUUGGAAAAUUCUUUGCUAUUUCGUCUCUAAAUGUAAGAGUUUGAACUCUUUGGACUUGACUAUGGUUCCAGGUCUUUCUUUGAAUGUUCAAAAGCCUUCUAAAUCAUCGAUGAAAUCUAAAGUAAUUCGGAUGACUUGUAACAUGGAUGGGAGAAGCGAUAUGAACUGGAACCUCCUUUCUGCUGCAUUGGUGAGCAAUGGGGGCCUCGAAGAAAUGAUCUUAUCUGGAGCAAAAAUGCCACUACCUGAAUUUAAAAACUUCAUCGAGUUGGCUUGUAUUAGUACAGAAAGACUAGGCCUCGCCUACAAUGAGAUCACUGCAGAGCAAUGCGACGUAUUAGCUGAUUGGCUUGUUAAAUCGAAGGUGACUGGUUUAGAUAUCGGUUUUAACGACUUGAAUGGAAAGAUUAAGCCUUUCUUAGAUGCUUUGAUGAACAAAACAAAGCGCACCAAAAACGUCUUCAAAUACAUUUCUUUGAAUUGUACUAAUUUAAAGGUCCCCAAAGGGUCUACCGCGGAGAAUAACGAGGUUCUUGGCCUCUUGAGUGCACUUUGCUAUUGCGAAAGUUUGAAAUUUCUGGAUAUUUCAAAUAAUCCUGACGUUUUCCCUUAUGCAAUGCCAUACCUAACAGAUUGUUUACCGGUUUUUGUUAACUUGGUCCGCUUGCAUAUGGAUUACGACAACCUCUCUCCCACCUCUGUUGUGACAUUAGCCGAAGUUCUACCAAUGUGCAAAAAGCUAAGUUACGUUUCACUUUUGGGCACCAAAUUGGAUUUUGCUUCUAGUAGUGCCCUAUGUUCAGCAGUGAGGAAGAGCAGUACAAUAUUAACUCUUGACUUAGAUUAUGAAGACGUGCCAGAGAAAAUAAAGGAUAAGAUAUCGCUAUAUACCAUGAGGAAUAUGGAAGCAGAGAUUAACAAAGUUGAUAAUUCGGGAAAAAAGCAUACAUCUGGAAACUUUUCUUCUUUACAGGAAGAGCUUGCCGAUCUACUUACCGACAAACCUGCAAAAAGGGAAGAUUUUGAUGUGGUAGUAAGGAACUUUGUGAAUCGUUUGAAUGUAGCACGUUCUGUGAUUAACAAAGCCACUGAGGAUUUGUUCAGGCUCAGAAUGAGAGGCGAGCUAAGUACUGAGGGAAAGGAAACUUUGAUAAGAUUUUGCUUCAUUGAUGCCUCAUUUGAGAGAGGAUUACAACUACUAGCUCAAAGAUAUAACAGUGCCAUUCGUGAACCUCUCGAUACUUCCUGCGACUUCGACGUCAGUAAGAAUCGGUUUACCGAAGCAACUCCGGGGAAGCCUUUGAACCCUGGCACUGCGAGUUCAGGCGGGCUCAAGCGUACAUCAUCUUCUGCGACUCUAUCAUCCACCCAGUUCAAAGAGAGCGGACAUGCGGCUUUGUUGCCUUUUAAUCAAGUGGCAGUGCAGUCUUUUGACCCGGCAGAUGACGCUAUCGAAAUAAAAGAUGGUGGAAAUGGCGGAAUAUCUGAAGCUUAUCAUCAGCUUAGGGAGGAAGGAAAGGUGCUGAAGAAUACACAAAGUUUCAUCGAUCAAUUGAAAGAUAAUGCACAGUUGAACGGUCAAGUUUUGAGCCCAGAAAGUCUGAGAAAGGCUGCAGCAACUUUUGAUAGCGAGGAAAUUAAGAAGUUCAUCUUGUCUAAUGAUAUUUCUUCAGUUGCAGAUGUCUUGAAAGACCUUCAAAAACACGGCGUUGAAAUAAAUGACCUGUUUAAGAAGCGUCAUGAGAAUGAUCAAGAGAAAAUUGGAACUAUUCCAAAUCCAGGGAACACAGUUGUUGGGGUUGAUGCCAACUUAAUGGAUUCCCGUCAAAACAAACGCGAUUCUUACUCGUCAGACUCUGAAUCUGAGGAGGAGCACGAGGAAGAGGCAAUUGACCGAGUUUAUGACGAAGUAUUAGAUAAUAUAGAGCGUGUGAGAACGAACAAUCAGUAA